UACUCGGCCGACUUGAACUCCGUCAGUGCGACGAUGACUUUCGAUGCAGCGAGUCGCUUUGUCAAUAGCUGAGUAGUGGUUUUUUUUUAUUACAACGGUAUAAACAUUACUCUGUAAAGUCAGCUGUAUAUACGAAAAGUUCGAAAAAGAAGUUGGUGUUGUGAAAAUGAAUUAAGAGUUUUGUGCGUUCUGAAUGAUAUGCUGGCGUAUUGUGCACGGAAUCGAAGAGAUUUAUCAUCCAUGAAGAGUGAGAAUAAAAGGAACGAAGAUGGCAACUUGAGCAUUAAAACCUACACAUACUCAAAACGUAGAAGGCCUCAAUGACAACUUUUACACAUCUGUAGUUUUCGUGAGAAUUUCCCACUGGUUUCAAUAACAAAUUCUAGAUAGUCUUUAAACAUCCGUUAAUUGGUUUGAGGUUAUCGUUCGUCAACUUCCAUUAUUUUAGGCCUAUUCUGCAAAUAUAACACGAAUUUUAAUUACGCCUUCAAAAUGCCGACUGUGAUAUCAAAAUACAUUGAUAAUACUGUAGCUAAGUAUAAUAUUCCCAAAGAACAUUUUACUAGGAGUGUAGUGGCAGCGGUAUUUUUUCUAUAUGGCCUAAAACUAGGAUAUCCAUAUAUACAGUCAUUAUGCAAGAAUGGUACAAGUACUGUUUCACAACAGAAUGGUCAUCCUUCAAUUAUCAGUAGCACAGCAGAUGGUGAAAACUGUGUGGACUCAUCGACAAACAAUAAUAAGGUACAAAAUGGAAAAUCUGUCAUAAAUGAUGUUAAACAUGACAAUGUGGUGCUCAAGCGACAGAAGUCUCCAGGUGUUAACAAGGAAUUUAUAUUACAACUUCAGAAGUUAGUAAAGUUAAUGGUACCUGGUAUAUGGACAAAAGAAAUUGCUCUAUUGUCAAUGCACACACUUGCACUGGCAACAAGGACUUUUCUGUCAAUUUAUGUGGCAUCAAUGGAAGGACAAAUUGUGAAGUAUAUUGUGAGGAAAGAUGUGAAAAAUUUUGCUAUCAUGUUGCUGAAAUGGUUGGGUGUUGCAGUUCCAGCAACGUUCAUCAACUCUAUGAUUCGGUACUUGGAAAACAAGCUGGCCCUUGCUUUCAGAUCACGACUGGUGAGCCAUGCAUACAGCUUGUAUUUUAAAAAUCAAACAUACUAUAGGGUGGCAAAUCUUGAUGGACGCAUCGAGAAUGCAGACCACCGUCUGACUGAUGACAUAACCGCAUUUACAUCAUCUGUAGCACAUCUGUACUCUCAUAUCACCAAACCCCUCUUUGACUGUCUUCUGAUAGCCAUUGCGCUGGCGAGGACCAACAAGAAGAUGGGUGCAGCCAUCAUACCUGGACCUACUUUGGCAAUAGUGGUGAUAUCACUGACUGGACAGAUACUGAAAGCAGUGUCACCAAAAUUUGGCAGCCUAGUGGCCGAGGAGGCAAACAGAAAAGGUUACCUGCGGCACAUCCACGCCCGGAUUAUUACAAAUGCUGAGGAGAUUGCGUUCUAUGGUGGCCAAAAGGUUGAGCUGAGUCAGCUGGAAAGGGCGUACGGUUCCCUUGUGGACCAGAUGAACACAAUCUUCUCCCAGCGACUAUGGUAUGUGAUGCUGGAACAGUUCCUCAUGAAGUAUGUUUGGAGCAGUACGGGAAUGAUUAUGGUGUCACUUCCGAUCCUCACCAGUUCUCGCCGCGAAGAACAAGACUGCUCUGCGGAUGGUGGAGUGAGCGAGAGGACGCAGUACUUCACGACAGCUAGAAAUCUCUUGAUCUCGGGAGCUGAUGCUGUUGAAAGACUCAUGUCUUCGUACAAGGAAGUAGUUGAACUCGCGGGUUAUACUUCCCGGGUAGGAGACAUGUUAGAUGUUUUUGAAGAUGCAAGCCAUGGAAAGUACCAGCGUACUGUUGUAACAACUUCAGAAUCUAAGCAUUCAGGCAGGAACAGUGGCUUCAGAAUGGAAUUCAAGAACGGACAGCCCGUUGCGAAAGGUGUCCUGUGUGAGACAAGGGAUGGAACCAUAGUACUGGAGAAUGUGCCAAUUGUGACACCCAACUGUGAUGUGGUUUGUCCUAACCUCACUUUCACAGUCACCCCUGGCAUGCAUCUACUCAUUACUGGUCCCAAUGGCUGUGGAAAGUCGUCAUUGUUCAGGAUAUUAAGCGGACUCUGGCCGGUUUACAGCGGAGAGCUGAGGAAGCCGGCCAGUUCCGACAUGUUUUACAUUCCUCAGAGACCAUAUAUGUCACUGGGAUCACUAGCAGAUCAAGUUAUAUACCCAGACACCGAGGCCGACAUGAGGAGGAAAGGCAUUACUCUGGGGAAUCUGGAACACUGCUUGAGACUUGUACACCUGGAUCAUAUAGUAGAACGCGAGGGCGGCUGGCACGUAGCCACGGACUGGAAGGAUGUUCUGUCUGGCGGUGAAAAGCAGCGUAUGGCAAUGGCUAGGCUGUUUUAUCACAGGCCAAAGUUUGCGCUAUUGGAUGAAUGCACCAGUGCCGUCAGCAUUGACGUAGAGAGUAACAUCUAUCAGGAAGCAAAAGUAGCAGGCAUCACACUCCUCACCAUUACACACAGGCCGUCCCUCUGGAAGUUUCACACACACCUCCUGCAAUUUAACGGGGAAGGUGGGUGGAAGCUAGAGUCACUGGACUCAACGGCUCGUCUCUCCCUAAAAGAGGAGAAACAGAAAUUAGAAGCUCAACUUGCCGGUGUUCCAGAUGCUCAGGAGAGGCUUAAGGAGCUGUGCAAGGUGUUGGGUGAGGACAUGGCUUCUGUUCCUGCAGAAUCUACAGACUGAACCCUGAUCCACCAUUUUCAUACGAGUAGUUCAUUCAACAAGACCAGCAAACCUGUUUCUCCUAUUGUCCCUUAUGAUUACUAAGAAUUAUAUAAACAUUAUUCAAGAAGGAAAAAAACAUUUAAUCGAUUACAGUUUUAUGUAUGUAUGUCCUUUUUCAUAAUUUUAAAACUGAGUAGAAUUUCCUUAUGGUCUGUACAGUACUAUCCUCAUAUAAACACGCGAAUAGUGCAAGGCACACUUUUGAAGUUCAAAGUACGUUUAACUACUAUUUUAAUAUAAUAAUGUCUCUUAAUAAAAUAGACUUGCAAAAGUAUGCUAGAAAACAUGUUUUAAAUUUCAUGCUCAUGGGAGUAUUUCUUGGUAACAUUAACAUUUUCUGUUAAAUAUUACAUACUGCAGGGUAUAUUUCAGAAGCUUUUCGUUCAUAAUUAUACGCAAUAACAUGUGACCAGUGGUUUUAUUAAUAAUUAUGAUUUGUUGUUGUGCUACAGUUUAUUUGUUUUGUUAUAUCGUAAUGCAAAGCAUUUUGAUGUUUAAUUUUCUUUCAGAAAUGUUAGUGGUACUUAGUGUUCUUUAUAAAAUUAUAAAAAAAAAGGCUGUGUGACCGCCAAUCUGAAAUGUCUUUGAAUUAAACAAAAAAAAAGAGGACAUUUUUGUAUUUAAACGUAUUAUUUAAUAAGGCAAGAAAAAUGCAAGCAUGGCACAGAAUGGUGACUUAGCUUUAAGUAUAUGCUUUUUGAUUCAGUUUUUAAAUAUUAAUAUUUUGCUUUUUUUUCCUAAGAAAAUGGGAGUUGUGUUGGAUAUGAAGCUGGCUCUUCACACAGCACAUAAUGAAAUAGAAAUGUAGCACGAAAUGUGAUAUUAGGAAAAAUAAUGCUGAGCGAGGAUAUAAAAAACAAUUAAAGAAAACUGGGAACAUUCUAUGUUACGAUGAAACUGUAUCCUGUGGUGGUAGUCGGCUCUUCCGUUUUCAUAUCGAAUAUUUCUUCAGGAUCGUGUUUGAAUACAACUUGAUUUCUUUCAUUUAAAUUACAUUAUCCGACUUUGCAUAUGGCUGUCUUCUGGGUUGUAGCGCUGUGUAGUCUUGUAGUUUACUGACGUUUCAUAGGUCCUUGCUGUGCCUCCAUCUUGGUGAUCGCCAAGGUGAUGCAGGCAGCAAGGACCUCUGAAAUGUCAGUAAACUACAAGACUACACGGCGCUACAACCCAGAAGACAGACGACUUCGGACUCACUGCUUUGUAAACCUGAUAUUCUACUGUUUCAGUGUCACAUGGGAACAAAUUGUUUUUGCUACUUACAUUUGGGAUUAAAAGAAGUAGUGUUACCAUUUAUUUUCACGUAGAAGUUAAUAUGUAAGGAACCAAAAUUGAAAUUAUGAAUUUAUUUAGAGGACUGCAGCUCUCUUUAAUGUGUUUCUCAUGUAAAUAUACAUAUGGUAUUAUGUAAAUACAUUAUGUAUGAAUUUUGUCUGUAUUACAACACAAGUGAUCAGCUGUAAAGUAAAUUAUCCUAUUUCUGUUGAGCAGUCUUAUUGAAAAGUUAUGAAUUUAGUGUUAAUGUAAUCGUGAUUUUAAAUUGUAAGAUAUAAAAUAUUUUAAUGAAUUUUUGUACUUUUAUUUCAGUCAUAAUUUUUUGCUGUUUAAAUAAAAAGUGUACAACUACGUCAUUUAACAGGAUAGAGGAAGACUUGCGUAAUGUUAUCAAGUGACUUAUACCAUUAGUUUUCUUUCAGGAAUCUUUGAUGAAACAUUUAUAAACUCUCUGUUAUUACCUAUUAUAUUUAAUAAAACUGGAAGUCCUUGCUUUAAUAAAGAAAAGUGCUUAUUAUAAAA